UCGAUACACGGUGCGACUGCGCAGGGCUAACAGUAAAUAAGAACAAGCGUUUGAAAACAUUGCCUUUAACCUUAAGACUCCUCCUUUGAAUGCGACAUGAACCUGGGCGACCCCAAUCUGCGCGUGAGGGCUGUGCUGGGCCAGGGAACCUUCGGCCGGGUGUUCCUCUGCCACCAGAACGAGGGACGCAAUCAGCCACCCAGGAAGGUGUGCGUCAAGCGGAUAAUCGUUCGGAACCCCAAGACCGAGCUGGGGCUGAUCAAAGAGGAGGUGUACAUCAUCUCGCAACUGCGGCACCCGCACAUCGUGGAGUUCUUGCGCUCAUUUUGCCAUGCGGGUACGGUGAACAUAGUGAUGGAGUACGUGCCCAAUGGCACAUUGAGGAAUGUCAUUGAGCAGCUGCCUCCGGGGACCGGUGGCGUCGGAGAGGAGCGACUGCUGAGCUUCUUCCGCGAUAUGGUUGUGGGCCUGGAGUACCUUCACAUCCGCUGCGUCAUCCACCGAGACAUCAAGCCGGAGAACAUGCUGCUCAGUGCAAAUGAUCGCGUUAAGAUCGCCGACUUUGGGAUAUCAAACGUACAUGCGCCAAGCUCUCUUGCGCAGGCGGGCUUGGGCACGCCCAUGUAUAUGGCCCCGGAAGCGAUUUGCAAAUCGGGGGGCAAGGUGGACUUCAAGUCGGACGUGUGGUCGCUGGGGCUGGUCCUCUACGAGCUCUGCCUGGGGCGCAGUCCCUUUGCCGCCCUGCUUGACAAGAACGCCACUCCCGGGCAGCUGCACGCUGUGGUACAGGCGCUGGUCCGUCCACGGCUUGACUGUCAGCUCAUUCGGCGCCAUUACGAUCCCGUGUGGGCGCAGAUCUGCGAGCUAAUGGUUGUCUACGAGCAGGAGCGCCGGAUCUGCCUGCCAGACAUCUUUCACCUGAACGCCAGGAUCACUGCGGUGCUGUACCAGCACUACUUCAGCUACAGCUACUAGCGGAGGCUAAUAAUAAGGAUGUGUAAAGCCUGUGAUGCAUAAGAUUAACCGGAAAACUGAUUGUACUCUUUAAAAACUAGGAAAGCUGUUCCAUUAAACUAAUAUUUACUGUGUUUUAAGACUUAUACAUAGAAAUCGGCCUUUAUUUUCUAAAACAGUACUAGUAAAUUUUCAUAAACUUUA